AUGAUUAAUAAUGGAAUAUUUAGACCAAAGAGAUUACCUACUGCAACAAGAAGAGUAAAAUCAACUUCAAAACCAAGUAUUGAUUCAUUAAUGUUUAACAAAAUUAAUAAAUAAAGUGUAAUAUGUGAUUCAUAAUACUUUCAAACUUCAAGAAAAACUACUCGACCUUAAACUUCAUUAUAAUUACCAAAUAAAGAAUCAUUAUUUGAAUUACCAUAAUAUUCAAAUGAUGAAGAAAUUAAAGAGUCUAAAAAUAAAGAUGUUUAUUAUCAUACUAAAAUGAAAUUAUUCGCUAAAAAAUAUUCAACUACAAUGCCAACUCACAUGAGUACUUAAUAAUCAAUUAUCAAAUCUUAACCAUUAAUUUAAACCAUAACAAAAAGAACUACUAAGACUAAUAAUUCACUAACUAAAUCUGUCACAAAAUAAUAAACAAUAGAAGUUGUAAAUUAAUAAUAAAUUCUCCAACCAACUACUAUGAAUAUUAAUCAAUUAUUCUCCUAAAUUUAAUAAAUAAGACAAGAACCUAGAUUAUUAUAAUGUAAUCUAGAUAAUAUUACAACAACCAAAAAAAUAUUAUAAAUAAACCCUGAAGAAAUAAAAGCAUUAUAUGAUGAAUUAGCACAUUUAGAUGUAAAAUUCAUGAAAAUGACAGCAGAUACUGAAGUCUUUAUACAUAAUCUAUAUGCAGAUAAAAAUAAAUUCCUUAAAAUUAAAGAUAAUGUAUUAACAGAACAUUAAUUAUAAUUUCUAACAGAUUAACUAAAAAUUAAAAGAGAAUUACUUGAAUAAGGUUAACCAUUUGAUAGUAUCAAUUUUGAUGAAAUUGAUAAAAUUGUAUAAAAACUUAUAUUUUUUGAAAGAUUUACUAAAUCUACAAGGAUUAAUCUAGUUAAAUUAGGCUAAUAUAUUGAAGUACCUCCAGGGGAAUAUGUAUUUCAUUAAGGUGAUUUUGGAGAUAAUUUAUUUGUUAUUUUAUCAGGUAGUGUAGUUGUUAAAAUAGAGAAGAAAUUUAAUUAAUUUGGACCUAUUAUUGAAUAAGUAGUUUCAUCUCUCUAUGAUGGCUAACAUUUCGGAGAGUUAGCAAUGAUGGAAACUACUUAAAAGGGUUCAGAAGAGGUACUUGAAGAGAAAUUAGAAAAUAUAAAUAUAAAAUCACUUAAAGAAGUUAAGGAAUAACUCAUUAAAUAAUAAUUAUAGGAUCUAGGAUAAUAAGAUGAAGCCUUUUAAAAAUAAAAAAUUAAAGAAUUACAAAGACAAAAUACUAAUAUUAUUAAUUUGGUUAAGGAAGAUAAUAUUAAAGAAAAACAUUAUAUAAUGAAUUUAGCUAAUAAUGAUGAAUUAGCUUAGUCAUCUGGUUUGGCAAAAUCUAAUAAUAUUUAAUAUAAAAAAGUUGAUAAAGUUUAAUAAAGAAAAGCAUCAAUUUAAGCUAGUGAAACUUGUCAUUUAUUAGCCAUUAGUAGAGAAAAUUUUAAAAAUAUACUUAUGGUUUUGAUGUAAGAUGAAUUAGAAUAAAAAAUUAAAAUGCUUAAAUCUUUGAGAUUCUUUAAAUAAAUUCAACCUUUUGUUUUAAUACCUUUAGCUAAUUAAUUAAUACCAUAAAGAUUUCAUCUAGAUGAAGUGUUGGUUAAAGAAGGAGAUAUUUUAGAAUAUAUGUACAUAAUCUAUAAAGGAUCAUGUAAUGUUAUUAGAACAAUAAAUACAGAAAGAAUUAAAUUACCAGAACAUUUUCGAAAAAAAUAAAAUAGAAAAUCCUACAGAUAUUAUUAAGAACAUCCUAUAAAAGUUAUUCAUAAUGAACCUUAAGAUUAUUUGUCUUGCUUAACAUAAGAUGGAGAUAUCACAUAUAAAAUUCCUGAUUAUGCUGUAUGCAAUAAUAAUAAUGGAUAUAUAUAAUAUUAAAAGAGUUAUAUUUAUAAAAAAUUGUAUCCUGGAGAUAUCAUUUUUGGAAGAGUAUUAACAGGAUUAAGACUUGAAGGUGAUAAAGGUACAGAUAGAGCAAGAAUGACUGUUGUUAGUUCAUCUAGUACUACAAUUGUUUAUAAAAUUAGCUUAAAAUUAAUAUAAUUUUGCCCAGAAUUUUUGAUUGAACAUCUAACUAAUUAACUCUUAGUUUAUAAAGAAGUUGAUCUUAUUGAAAAAUCUGAAUUAAAUUAAGAAAUCAAAUAAAUAUACUCUAAAAAUUCAAAUAUAAUUAAGGAUUAAGCAUAAUUGCUAUCAGAUAUUGAAGAAAAGUAAAGAAAAUUAGACUUGCAAGAAUAUUAUAAAAGAAAUAAACUUAGAAAACCUUAAAAUGAGAAAAAAUAAGAUCUAUUAAAUUCAGAAUGGGAAUUAUUUAAAGAAAAAGUUAUGGUUCAAUAAUUGUUAUAUAAUAAAGUCUCAAGUUGA